GCUGAGGCCGCUGCCAGGAAAAAGGCUAGAAAGGCGGCUUGGGCAGUUAUCCACAAGGAACAGGAGCAGGCCAAGCUUGCCGCCGAAGCCGCAGCGACUAAAUCGACGACAUCAUGAAAUAUCCGCAGAAGAAAUACGUUGACUCCGAACCAAGUCUAUCACUGCUUACGGCAGUCGCUCACCCCUAGCUACAGCGGUAGCCAACGGUGAUUCAACGAGGCAUGUUGGCUCUCACGCUUGGGGGGGGGGGGUUCAGCUUGUCCUCAUGCGCUGGUUUGUGUGGAUUGUAUCAUAUGUAUAGUGGUUUGUUUGUGGUGCUGGAGGGCUGUCGCGAUGGUUCAUUUGGACUUCACAUCAGCCAGGGCGCAGAGGGGCUGACAGGUUGCUAUCGCCUACUGGGUCAGCAUCUCAUAAAUGCAUGUAUUGGUUUUGGGGCGUCUCUCGGGUUUUCUUGCAGUUCAGCAGUUGAUCAUACAGUCUUGCUUUCUUCUUCGAGUACCUGGAUUUUCUUGAAUCGAAUUGAAUAGACCUUCGAUCUGGGAAUAGAUGAUCUGCUCAGAAGCAGAUCACGGCUGCGGUUCAUUGAUA